AUGGCGCGCUCAAAGCAGUUGGUCCAUAGAAGCGGCCCGAGACGCCAUAGGUUUGCUGAGAAAGCAGCUUCAUGCGUUGUGGGUUACGGAAUACGAACGGUCAAGUACAUUCAGCCUGAGCCUGAGUCCGAAGAGGACGAAUUCGCAGAGCAAAUGCAGGAGAAUGGGCCUGGCGAACAGGAAUCCGACCAGGAGGAUUACGCAAGCAAAGGUCCCAAGGACGAAAAAUCCGGAUCCGAAGAGUUAGAAGAAUACGAUUUCGAUGACAAAGAGGCUAAUGAGAAUUCUUCUAGCAGCGAAGAGGAACCAAAGCGUACAGAGAAGAGAUUCAAUUCAUAUCCGAAACAAUCUACUCAAAAGAGAAAGCUAUCCUCAUCUAGUGCAAAGUCCGAGCAUGAUUUAUCGGAGCCGCAGUACAAGAAGCGCAGGACUGUAUCAGUUCGUCGUUCCUACUAUGAUGACUCGAAUGAGAACUCUGGGUCGCGAGAGUCUCGGACAAAACCUGCUCAUCCUACUACAUACAUUCGUGGCGGUCGCACAAUGUAUAUGCGGACUUGGAAAAAAUAUAGCGGGUCGCAUCGCGUGUACAUGGCUAGUGUCGUUCCACGCCCACGGCCCAUAUUUUCUCGACCGAAGAAGGUUAAGGAGGCACUCGUGAUAACAAUGUCUGACCACGAAGCAGUUCAUGAUGAAGAAAUUCCAGACUUCGAGCGCGAUGAUAAAGAUGAUGAUUUGGCAUCAGAGGGCGCCUCUCGCAAUACCAAAUCACAUCAGGAAGUCAGCAAAUCCUCAGAUGAUGACUUUACACCCCCCAAUUCAGCAGCGAAGGUGGUGCUGGCGAAGGGGAAGCAAAAUUUCGGCACACGUGCCAUUUCCCCCAUACGGAGAGGUGGGGUCACAUCUUCUGCCUCUCCUCAUGUGCCUACUGAAGACGAAUCCGAUCACGAGUCGCUUGAUCAUGAACAAAAUGAUGACCGCGGUAUAGACACGCCUGUCCCAAGCUGUGUUCGGUCCGAUGAUAACGAGCCUGAAUCCUUUGGAAAUCAGGACGAUCUUGAUGCCAUGGAUAUGUUGCCAGAAGAACCGCAACCGACUGCUUCACCAGGUGAUAUAAAUGACUAUGACGAUGUUGACAAGUCAGAUACUGGAGCACCACAAGACGAAGUCGAUGUGUCUACCCGAAUUAGGGAAUUUCUUGGGGAUACCGCCUCGUUUCGCUCCACUUUCACGAACCCUAAUCUCCCUGUUCCUGACGGAGACCUUGAGAACAUGCGCGCACAAUUUCAGGAGGCCAUGCGACACGGUCACACGUCUAAAUUGACCAACAAGCAGGCAAAUACAGAUACUAGCGCGCAGAAACGGAAGUCCUGCGCUGACAGUCAGACUUUUGGACCUUUCGGUUGGGGCGCCCUCGAACGCAUGAAACGCAGCAACGUUAAUCCUUUCAAUCUGCCCGUAAGCGAUCUGCAGGAAAAGGCCCAGGCGAACGCUACACAAAGCUCUGGUGAAGUGGCGUCACUCUCGAGCCACCAACCCCAGACCGCUCAAGAGCUCCGAGAGCUUUUCAUCUCCGCUCUUGUUCCUUCCACCUCUUCGUAUGAGCAGUAUGCACUCGCUACCGCCGAGGUUGACCUCCAAGCAGCCAAGCUCUCUCUCCGUAAUGCAGAGAUCAAAGAGCGAAUGUCAACACUGCGAGAAACCACUGCACGGGUUCAACAGAACAAAACCAGCGAUGUAACGGAGAGACAGGUGAUCGCUAAGCAAGCCGCGGUAGAGUUCAAAAAGGCAAAGACCGCUGUGAAUUUGGCGAGAAAGAAGGUGAGAGAGGCGAAGAAGGUUCUGCGAGAGUUGGAUGAGGAGUUCGAGGAUCGAGAAGAGAGCGAGGACGAAGACGUGAUGGCGAAACACGUCACGCUGGUCGGGAAUAUUGACGGCAAGAUCCUAGAGCUCCAGAAGCAGGAGAAAGCACUGCCUGGUGUGUCUGAGGAUGAAGUCGAGAAUUUGGGAAGAGGUACCAGGCGUACGCGUCAGACCAAGUAG